GUGAAACUAGAAAUUACGGCUUUAAAUUGAAAUUGAGCAAAUUAUAUGACAAUUAUUCAAUGUGUUGCAAGUGAAAUAAAUAUGAAUUUCACUGGAAAUGUAAAUGAUUACUUAUUUUAGAGGUUCAAAUUCCAUUUCAUUGAAAACAUAGCAAAUAUUAGCAGCCCCAUCAGCAGUUAGAAAGCAAUUACUAGAAAGCAGAGAUCGGCACACUAAACAAACAGGUAACGGGAAGUUUUUCAGCAAAAUAUUAAACAAAUUUGGAUAAAAAAAAUAAUGAAGAGCUUUUAGACUGGAUAGUUUCAGCUACGUUUGAGAUAUGUGUUAGUUAAUGAGCUCUUAUUGCCGAUCGUUGCUGUAAAAAUUCAUAAUAAGCCGAUGAAUGAGUAAUCAGCAUAAAUAUAUUUGUAUACAAACAGUUUAACAGCAACACACAUGAAAAAUAUUAAAUAAAUAAUGAUAUGAAAUGCAAAAUAAUUUAAGUCAAUGAAAAGUCUACUCUAAAAUCCCCACUUCUCAAACAAAUAACGCUCUUUUUGGGAUCUAAAUAAAAGAGAACAAAAAGCGCGAGCCUAUAUAGGGAGAGAGAGAGUGAGUGUAAUGAGUAACUGUUAUAAAUAACGUAUUAUUUUCAAAUCUAUACUCAACGUAAAGAUAAAGUUUAGAAAAUUGUUUAGGAAAGCGAUAAGAUACAAUGGGAAUCAAUUUUUGAACGGCUCCCACCAGUAAAAACAAAUGUCUGGUUUGUCAUAACAAAAAAAGAGUUUGUAAAAAGAACAUUGAAAUUAAAAAGUAUAGAACUAUAGAAUAUUUUUAAUUAAUAAACUGCAUUUGUUUUGGAAUUACAAUAAUGUUCAGCAUGAGUGAUUAGCAAACAAAGUACAUAAAAAUAUUCGAUAAAAAAAAACACAUCACUGACCGCAAGUAGUUGAUGUAAGAAUAAUACAAAAACAAACAACAAAAACAUACGAGUAAUACCAAAUCUCCUUACCGCCCAUUACUUCCCUUAUUAGCACUUUAGAGGCUUUAAAUUAUUAAUACAAAAAAAAAAAAACACAAUGCAGCAGCAGCAGCAAGCAACAUUUUACAACAAUUCAUUCUCUCAUCAUUUGCCAACGACACCAGAUUCUGCGGGCAUUCUUAUCGCCAAUGCAGGCUCAGCCGCCAACGAACGUAGAGGCCAGAAAAACAUUAUGAAUUGUUUUCGCGAUCGUACUCCCAGUUAUACGCGCUCGAACAGUAAUCUCACACGUGUUAACGGUCUAAUAACGAAUAAACCUUUAAACUAUCGCCACGAAGGUGUAGUUCUACUUAAAGAGCCUCGUCCUAGACCCAUAAAAUUGACUUUACUUAAAAGUUCCAGUACCCGGGAUCUAAGAAAACUAUACGAAAUGGAUUUAAAUAAUCAAACACCAAAUACUCCUUUAUCUUCCGCUUCUUCUACUGAUUUAAAUAAAAUAUCUACCUCCUCCUGCUCUUCUUCCUCCAAUUCUUCCUCUUAUGCCACAAAUUGUUCUUCUACACAAUGUGCCAAACGUUUACAGAAAUUGGAGUUGAAACUAGAAGAUUUACAAAAACAAUUGCAAGAACAGGAAAACACAUCCAAGGCCAUGUCUCUUCAAAUGGAGGAUUUAUCUAAGAAAUUUGAACAACUCUCUAAAGAGCAACAGGAAAUGCAAAAUAAACGCAAGAAGACUAGCAGUAGUAUGAGACUGGUGAAAAAAGAUUCUACUGUGGGAGCGAAUCAAACCACGGUACAGCCUUCAAAAUUGGCUGCCUGGUUAAAGCUGUCCAAUUUCUGGAAACAAAGGCCUAGUAUACAGACCUUAAAGGAACAAAAUAUUUAUAAUGACGAACCCUGUUUCGAUACCGAAAUCGAAUUGGUCCUAAAAGAUGAAGUACAUAAAACAGUGCCCAAAAUAGUGGUCGAUUGUUGUCAACUGAUAGAGGAAAAGUAUCGUAAAUCUACAGAGCCCAUUGAGGGUAUUUAUCGACAAUGUGGUGACUACAAUAAAAUGCAGGCCUUAAGGUUUAGCAUAGAUGCCAAUGACUAUAUGUCGCUAAGACAACCUAAUGUAGACAUACAUACUUUGGCAGGGGUGUUGAAGUUAUUUCUAAGAGAAAUUAAAAGUCCUCUAGUAUCGGCCAAUGAAGCUAAAACCUUUAUAGGCAAACCCAAUCAGUGGUUAUUAACUGAUUUACCCAAUAAAUUGGAAAUAUUAAAAAGACUGAUACGUUCGCUGCCGGAAAUCAAUCGUGAUACAAUGGAAUAUUUAUUUGCUCAUUUCAAUAAAUUAACCAAAGUACCUUUACAACAUAUAAGUGCCGAAACUUUAUCAUUAUCGGUAACACCCUCCAUAUUUCAUACCGUACAAGCGGGUGCUCGCAUACAAGACAUACACCUGCUCCUAAAAGAAAGUGAAAUUUUAGCCGAUUGUGUUAAAAUCAUGAUCGAAUAUCAUCAAAAAAUAUUUGAAUGCACUUCGGAUCGUAAAAACCAGCGUAAUCGCAUAAGUGUUAGAAAUUUGAAGAAAACUUUAUCUCAUCCGGAUUUGUUAUUUCAAAAUUUAUUUUGAAUUAAUUAAAGUAUUAUUUUUAAUAUUUAUUGUAAUAAGGAAAUACUCAAUACGGCCAAUAAAUGUGUUGAAACAUAAAAUUAU